CGAUUCCCACCACCUUGAAGGCUUUAAUGCAUGUUACGGAAUACAUUGUUACAACCACAAAUAGACAAAACCAUUAAACCAGUAACCUGCUAAAAAUAAGGACAUCAUCAAGUAACGUUUUCCAUUGAUCUCAAAUCCCUACUCUCCUAAAAUCACACAUUCCCAACUCAAUUUUACCCUCAUUCCUUCAAUUUUUAUGUGGGGUUUUCUUUCCUUCAUCAAUUUUCAUCUGGGUUUUUAAUAUUUUUUAGUGGGAAGGGAAAUUUCUGGGAAAAAAUGGAGGAAAAUCCAGAGUGUAAUUGUUGCAAUACAUGGGAAGAAGAGAUGUAUUGGAAACAUUUUAAUUCUGUACAUUUUUGUCUGACCUUAACUUCAGACUUCCAUGAUCAUCUUGUACUGCCUGAGAAAUUUGCUGCACACAUGAAUGCUUUACCAGCAAAAGUGUCUCUGAAAGGCCCAAGUGGCGCUUUGUGGGAGAUAGAAUUGCUGAAAUCUGAUGAUCUUUUAUUUGUUGGAAAUGGAUGGAAAGACUUUGUGAAAGUUAAUGAUCUGAAUGAAAAUUGCAUCUUGGUGUUCAAUUACAAGCGGAGCUCAAGCUUUGAAGUUUUAAUCUUUGAUGAAAGGAGUUCUUGUGAGAAGGAAUCAGCCUAUUUUGUUAAGAAACAUAGGCUUAUUGAGUCUAACCUCGAAGACCAAAAAAAGAGGACUGCUAGUGAGGCUUCCAGCGACAAGAUUGAGGAUAAUGAUGAUGAAGGUCCUGCUUUUGCUGUUACAAAGAAGUCCAAGAAAGAUGGUGAAGAAGUGGUUCGCUUGAGAGAAAAGUUGAACGCUCCAACUUCAAAAAAACGUGUGCUUUGUGCAGCUGCAAGACCUAAAGGCAGAUUAAGAAGGGUAGUACCGCCCCUCAAUCCGCCAAGUGAUAAAAAAAUCAAAUCUGGGAAGUCAAUCAUAAAUGAAAAUCUCAAGGAACCGAAUCAGAUUUCAAACCAAGACAGGAUUACCUCUGAAAAUGGAGGAAUUCUACCUGAGAAAGAUCAUUCUCAAAAAGUUCUGACCAAGUCUAGAAAGAAGUCAAAUGGAAAAGGCAGUGUCGAUGAAUUGACUCAGAAUGCAAAGGACCUGACUACCCCUGAAAAUGGAAAAAAUUCUCUAGCUGCAGAUCAUUCUCACAUAUUGAAGGCCCAAUCUGAAAAUCCACUGCUUAAAAAUGUUACUGCAAUUGAUCCGAGUCAGACUAAAGUGAAGUACUUGCUUACCAUGGAAAAUGGAGAUGGUCUCCGGGUCACAGACAAUUUUUACUCAGAGAAAGCACCAUCUGAAAAUAGGCUUAACAGAAAUGACACUUCCAAGGAUCGAAGUCAGACUUUACAGGAGGAGCUUAUCACCCCUGAAAAUAGUGAGAGUUCACCAGUUGCAGAUUGUUCUCCUGAUUUCGAGGGUCAAGCAGAAAAGGAGCCAAAUGGAAGAAGUAUAGCCAAGGAUGCCAUUCCUAUUUCAGUGUGGGGGCCGUUGGUCACAUCUGAUUAUAGAGAAAGUUCCCCUGAGAAAGAUCAUCCUUGCAAAUCUCGUGGAAAAAGAGGGCAACCAAAGAAGCAAGUUCCUACAUCUUCAAAGAAAUCAGGGCUCAAAAGAGGAAAGAGUUUCUCAAAGGAGUACAAAUCAAAUAGGAGGCCAGUGACUGAAGAAGAAAAAAAUGAUGCUUUGCGAAGGGCAAAUCAAAAACAGACUGAAAAUAGUUUCACUGCAAUAAUGCGACCUACUUGUGUUUACAGGAGGUUCUUCUUGCAAAUUCCUGCUGAGUGGCAGUUCAAGAAUCUAUUUCGCCACAAACAAGAAGUCAUUCUUCGUGUAGGGGAGAAUUCAUGGCAUGCUUCGAUAGUUAAUUAUGGCUGCAAAAAUAGAGGGAUUUCUACUGGGUGGAAGAAAUUUUCGCUUGAGAAUUUCUUGGAGGAGUUUGAUGUUUUGGUAUUUCAGCUGGGUGGCCAGAAAGACGAGGCACUUGUUGUGAUAGAUGUUGACAUAUUUAGAGUGAUCCCAAGCACCAUUCCUCCUCUCCCCAUUAGUUCUUAGGCUAAUAUUAGUUUAAGUUAUUUUCUUUUUUGGUCAAAAGUACAAAGUGUGUGCCUUGUCUCAUGAGCGUAUUUUGAUAUAAUAAAAUCGCAAUUUCUUGUGAAUGUAACUCUAAGACUCCCUAGUGUAUGUAUCAGAAGAACAGAUGGUAGUAUAAAUUAUCAACUGUCAGAUUUCUUAGUUGCAAUCUUAAUAACCUGUUAUAUGCAUGACAAAUCCUUCAAAAUUUGUUCUUAAAUACGAAUAACAAUGGUGCUUUAAGGUAAUUAAGCCUUCUUAAGGUCCAA